CCUCAAUUUUGCAUAUAAAUUUUACUCUGUAUUCCAAGUAAUAUUCACUAAACUACUCCAUUAACUUUAUUAGUUGAAAUGUGCAAGUAAAAUGUACUUGGGUGAUAUCAGUGAACCUGGCAACCUCCCUUGCACUCGGUGUGUGACGUCAGGCCGUUCGUUGCAUGUUGUGCUGUUGAGUGCCUCUGCCCUCGCACAUGUGGACACCUGAGACCGUGGAUCAGCAGUGGGAUUUUAGUCGACAUGGGACCGCGGAGAACCUAAGGUCAUUUGCUCAUCACUUUGCAAUUUCCAGUCCACAGCUGAGAUAAGCACCUUCCUCAUCUUGAUAUGGCAUCCCCAGUGAGACUGCGGAUCAUCGUUUGCGAGGAUGACAUCCGCAAACUGAUUCUUCCUUCAGGCAUCCCGGCCACAGUUCAGGCUCUCACUGAUGUUAUUCAAGAGACGUUUCACAUUACAGAAUCAUUCACUGUAAUGUAUCAGGACGUGGAUUUCGAUAACCAGUUUUUUACUUUGACCUCAAUUGAGGAAGUACACGAUAAGGCUACCCUGAAACUUGUAAUGACUGAACCAGUAGUCUUAACUAUCAGUCCUGUGGAUUUGUCAGACAUAGAAUCCCCAGUACCACAGUCUUCAGAUGCAAGCUCUGGCCACUCAUCUGGAUCACAGGACACAAUCCUGCUUUCACCAGAAGAUGAAAGUGGAACAUCUUUCAGGUCUAAGCCAUGGCCAAGUAAGUUUGAAAUACCGCCCUUUUCUUAUGAUGUUGACCUUGUACUGGAAGCUGGAAACAAGGAUUAUGAAAAGGAAGGCACACUGUUGAACAACCCAAGAGUAACAAGUAGCAUACUUGAGAAGCUAUCAGAGACAAUAUUUAGCUUCACAGCAUACCCAACUGGUGUCCAGAUUUUAGCUGUUGCUGAAGCUUUGGUAGAAAAGUACCCGUGCCUCAAAGAGCCAGGGUCUUUUAAUGGCUUAUAUGGCUGGCAACAGAGGAUCAAGUAUAAAAUGGGCAAUUACCGGGCAAAGUUAAGAGGCCGCCAGCUAGCCAUUCCAGAACUGGAGGUUAACACACUGAAGAAACGAUGCAUCAAUGAAGAGGGUUCACCAAAAGGCAUCAAAAGGGCGAAGAAAGCUGAAGUGAAUUACCUGCCACCACUGCCAUUAGGAGAGACAGAGGAAACUUUAGAGAAUGAGAGACUAGAUCUGCUCAAGGAAAUAAAGAAGAAGAACAACGGGAAGAUAAUCAAUGAGAAAAUGGAGAAGUCUUUCGCUCUCAGAAGAAAAGAGGUUGUCAAUGACUGCCCCACAGUCCAAGACCUCAUGGAACGAUGGCCUGGUCUGUUCAGUCAAACUCAGAUCAAAGAAGAGUUCAAACGAAUAACCACAGUUCAUCUGGAGCAAACGUUUUUGUCCAAACUGGACAGGCACACCACCAAACUUGUGGAGAUAUUUAGGAAGAAAGGCGGGAUUGCAGGAACAAAGAUAAGACCGAUGUUGGACUCACUAAGUGAGGAUGUCAGCCAAGAGGCAGUGAAGGAGGACUGCAGUCAACACUUGAUGAAAGUCAUCGUCAUCUGUCAGAACCUGGAACAGGAAAGCCAAGACCUCAGCUAUGUGUCUGUAGUCAUAGAGGGGAAAGAGGUGUUGGAGGACUGCAGGAGUGUGGCAAAUGCUUGUCUGCUCCUCAUGGGUGUCAUUUAUGCAGUCAAUCUGAGUUACCCACUGAAACUCAAAUACACAUUUGAGGUAUUUCAGAAAAUGCUUCUUGAGCUCGAUGCUCUCAAAAUGUCUUCAAAGGUCCAGGCUCUCCACAGGAAACUACUAGCAUGAGUGUGUUGAAUGCUGCAGUGUUUUGAAUCCAUGUGCCCAUGCACAGGAAAGGUUUUUAGUUCUUGUUCUUCUCACAUUUCCUUCUGUGAUCACAGCGAUCCAGUGUUAGUAGACAGUUGAUUCAGUUGCUGUUGUUGCAGUGAUACCUCUUCUCUGUUCUGAGGUUUAAAAGAAAGGAAUACCCUACAUAUGGGAAAUUGCCAAGGUCUGCGUGCGUGUGCGUGUGUCAUUUCUGAAAGUCAUUUCUUCCCCGAUUUUUAGAAAUCUGUGAAUAUUUGGAAGAAAGUGUCAUCAGCAGCAGGUCAUGUUUUCUUUUAAGAGGAUAUUCACACUAAUUCUCCAUUGAGUGUGUGGGAGGAUUCCUCACCUGCAAUACAAAGGCUGUGUUUAUUAGAUUUUAAAGGAUGUUCACUGUUUCUCACUGUUUCUCAGCCCUAUUGUGUGUGGACAGGAGUGUGCGUACAUGUGCAUGCGUGCAUGAGUGGGUGUCUGUCUGUAAUGAGACAGAAGUGUGUGUGUGUUUUCAAUCUUUGUUCAUGUACACCAAAGGAAGGUUAUGAUGUUAUGUAGACAUACAUAUAUGUCAGUGCAAAUUGGAAAAUAAAAUGUCCAUUUGAAAAAUUGAAAAUGUUUAUUUAUUCACUUCACAGAAAUGGCAACAAAUUUAUUGUGGUAAUGUGAAGUCAUAAAUUAAAUUUAAUUCAAGUAAAUAUUACUUAAUCAUUUCAUAGAAUUAAACAAAGAAAAGCUUAGUUAAAUAAGAGUAAGAACCACCUGAAAUAUUUAACUGGAUUUUGCAAUUAAAAUGCAAUGGUAAUUUAGUAAAAUUUACUUCCAAUAGGUGAGUUCUGCUUGUGAGAUUUACUAAAAAUUACAAGGGAUUUCCGUGUGGAAAAACUUGCCUAGCUUUUUUUAAGUAAAUGUCACUCCAAAUUUUUUUCAGUGUAGUUAAAAAUAGUUUGAGUAACUGAUUCAAUGUUAAUGAAAGCAAUUAUUUGACCCCACCUGAAUUUGUAUUCCAUAGAGACAUUCAUUAGUGUGAAUGCUGACUCAGCAUUCAUUAGUGCCAAUGUUCUUCUGGAAUUAAAUUCUAACUUGCAAAGGUGUUGAACAGUCAGUCAUCUUGAUCAUUUGUUCAGCUGUAGGCAUAAAGACAAUACGGAUUCUCCAUUUAUUAUCAUGUUGUCAUAUUGCACCAGUCAAUGAAAUGUGGUCUCCAUAAAGACGUAAUAUCAACACAUUUAUUGUUUCAUUUAAAAUGUCAAUAAUGUGCAACUGUAUAGGCUGUGAGCUGCCAACAGGAAGUUUUCAUGAUAUCUUAAGAGGAACAGUUUAAUACAUGAAUGUUAACUAAGACACUGUGUUACUGCUGGAACUCACAAACACAAACACUUGGAGCUCUAACUCU